CUUCCCAAGACCGCUGCGUGCCCACGACGCCUUCCCCCUCGUCCGAUGCUGCUAGACUCCUUGGACCGUAAACUCGCCCGAUGGAUUGGGUUGGCCUCUCGUGCCCGCUCGAUGGAUUGGGGUCGGGAUUUCGCACCCGAAAAAUGAGGGCCAUCGACCCGGAGGGCAGGAAAGCCAAAGCGUAGCCGCGCGGGCAGAAAGGGACUUUCCGCGGGAAAGCUAAUCGCCACAGCGCAACCCCCGAAACGCUCUGGGGGAAAGCGAAGGCGGCGCUGGCGGGCCUUCGCUGAACGCCUGGCCAGCCUUUCCACCCGGGCCCUCCAGAUGCUUUGGCUUUGCCACCCAUCUAUUCAACUGGAGCAAAUAAUGCAGGUAUUCACCUUCCCUUGAGAAACGCCUGUGCGCUUAACAAGUAGCCCAAAGCCGGGACUUUUCAGCCAAGAGUUGCCGGAAAAGACACAAUACCCUGAUGCCGCAUGACGGAUACUUAGAAUAUAUGUUUAAAAGCCAAUUAUCAGAGUGCCUCCACCAGCCUUCAAGCCUUUCUGGACUACUUUUCCAGUUAAGCGGUCAGUUUGCAAUACAGAUGCCUCUAGUUAAAUAUUAAUCAUGCCACUGGAAUGGAGAGAUUGAGCAAUCAAGAGCUUGAAAACUUAGCUUCUUCAACCCAUGAUCAGGACAAAGGCAGUGUGAAACAGGGCAGUCACAGUAUUAACAUGUUUCCUUUGUGUAGAAAUCAUGCAGGGGGUAAACGAAAUCAAGGCUACUACACUACACAAGAACAGUUUGGAAACAGUACUAAAAACUUGAGCAACAGUCCACAAGUCCAAGCACCAGAGAAAGUGACUCUUGUUGUAGAUGGAGCAAGAUUUGUUGUAAAUCCACAAAUUUUCACAGCCCAUCCUGAUACAAUGCUGGGAAGAAUGUUUGGACCAGGACGAGAAUAUAACUUCACUCGUCCAAAUGAGAAGGGUGAAUAUGAAAUUGCAGAAGGCAUCAGUUCUGCUGUUUUCCGGAUUGUCCUGGAUUAUUACAAAACUGGAAUCAUUCAUUGUCCCGAUGGAAUUUCUAUUCCUGAUCUCAGAGACACUUGUGACUAUCUUUGCAUCAAUUUUGAUUUCAACACAAUCAAGUGUCAAGAUUUAAGUGCAUUAUUGCAUGAACUGUCCAAUGAUGGGGCUCACAGGCAGUUUGAUAGCUAUCUGGAAGAGCUAAUCCUGCCAAUAAUGGUUGGUAGUGCCAAGAAAGGAGAGCGUGAAUGUCAUAUUGUUGUAUUAACAGAUGAAGACAUAGUGGACUGGGAUGAAGACUAUCCACCCCCAAUGGGGGAAGAAUAUUCACAAAUUCUAUAUAGUUCUAAGCUCUACAGAUUCUUCAAGUACAUUGAGAAUCGGGAUGUUGCAAAAACUGUUUUGAAAGAACGUGGUCUCAAAAAUAUAAGAAUUGGCAUUGAAGGUUAUCCCACUUGUAAAGAGAAAGUGAAAAAGAGGCCUGGAGGACGCUCUGAAGUUAUCUAUAAUUAUGUUCAACGCCCAUUCAUCCAGAUGUCUUGGGAAAAGGAAGAAGGGAAAAGUCGGCAUGUUGAUUUUCAGUGUGUUAGAAGCAAAUCUCUAACAAAUCUUGUGAUGGUGGGUGAAGACAUAGCAGAAGAUCAAGUGAUUAUGCUGCAUCACCCUCCCCAGGUAGAUGAGCUUGAUCGAUUAAAUGCACCAUACUCUCAGAUGGAUGCUAAUGAUCUGCCAGAUUAAUUCAGGAGCACAAAUUGCUCUCAAAUGGGCUUGGUUGAGCUUUUGGAUGGGGACUAAAUGCCCAGCUCACAACAGGAUUUUCUUGUCACAGUUGCUAUAGUCUCUAAAUAUCACCUCUUGAAGCCCAGAGGACUAAUUUUAUCAAAUCUGCUUCUGAGGGCUCCCAAGUAUUCUCUUAGGAAAACCAGGAACCUGAGGAUUGAGUUAACAUUUAUCCCUCUGGCCAGAUAAUUGGACUGGAAGUAAAACAAUGGAAAAGUAUUUUCAGCUGACUUGAAUUGAAAGUUUGACUGAGUGCCAUCAAGUCAUUUUCGACUCCUAGCGACCACAUAGAUAGAUUUUCUCCAUGACAAUCUAUCUGUAACCUGUUCUUUCAAGUCUCCCAAUAGUGCACCUGUUGCCACUGUAACUGAGUCCAUCCACCUGGCUGCUGGUCAUCCUCUUCUCUUUCCUUCCACCUUUCCCAGCAUUAUAGCCUUUUCCAGAGAGCUAAGUCUUCACAUAAUGUGUCCAAAGGAGGAUAAUUUGAGCCUGGUCAUUUGUGCCUCGAGUAAGAAUUCUGCACUGAUUUGUUCUAUGAUCCAUCGAAUUGGAAGGAAUACAGCAUCAAAAUGUGUUGGAAGACUUUGUUAAUACUAGUCUACAGUGACUCCGUUAUAAAAAGUACUGUAUCAUGAAGGAUUCCAUUGUGCUGUUGCAACCAUUAUCAGUAGUGGUAGCAGUCAGCUUGGUAUCAUUCAUUCCCCAUGACCUGGCUGAAGUAGAUUUUUAUACAGGAAACAUCACAGCUAGAGUGCAUGCACCCUUUCUCACCUUUCUUUGUUUUCCUGUCCCAACACUGGCAUAGCAGCAGAAGGGAAGAUCAGAAGGACCUACCAAGGUAAGUAUCUGAAGAGAGAAAUUGGGUUCUGUGAAUGCCCAGAGGACCACUCAAAUUAGUUACAAGUAAAGAACCUGUCCUACUUUACACUUAUGACUAAGUAGUGUGUACUUACUGGAAGUGAGCUAGUGGAAUACAAAGGAAAGUACCAUUUGGAAAAACAAUGCAUCAUCUUCGGCUCAAACAUUGAGGCAGUAAUACUGGAUGAAUAAAGAUGGCUGAAUAUCUCCCUCAGAGCAAAGGCUGAAAAGCAGCGUCCCUUGAAGGCAAAGAACUUCCUUGUGGGAAAGGAUUCCACAGCAUUUUAAAGAAAGUGACUGUCUUUUGUGGGAAAGCUUGCAUUGCAGCAGCUAUCCUGUGAGUCUUGAGUAUGGAAGGCACUUUGUGGUUGCUCCAUAUGAGAGCUGUCCUCUUGGAAAGGCUGAGGAAAUUGAACUUUGACAGUAGCAAGAAUGUCAAGAUUCCUACCAUCGCUUCUCAGCCUUUUGGCUAAGAUCAAGUGUUUGGUGGGGUAAGUUUCAUAGUUGUCUCAGCCACCUUGGGACAAUCAGGAUGCCUGAGGAUGGCCUUUGAAAUAGUCAAUUGGGAAACUUUAUAAUCAGCAGGAUCAGCAGAAAGUCAUAUAUAGCAGGGCUUCUCAAAGUCACACACCGCAAUCCACAAAAAUGAUAAAAUGAAUUUGUGUGAUUGGGCAAUAAAUAAUAUACCAUUUACUUUUAAUAAUUAAAAUUGAAUUCAUGUAACAAAUACAACAAUGAUAGGACCUUAAAAGUUUAUACUCAAAAACAAAACCAGUAAAAUAAAAAGCUUACUUUUUUAGUGAGAAGGAUGACCUUACUUUUGUAUAAUUCCUGAAAUCUGGGUUUCAUUCUAAAGACAGCUGUUUUCAUUCCACUAAAGUUGGGGGUGGGAGGCAGGGAGAAAAGAAAGCCUAAAGUGCUGCAGAUUGGAAAACACUGGCAGGCUGUAAGUUGCUUUUGGCUUUGGCAUUCUCCCUGCACUGCCCCCUGAGGUAAUAGUCACAGCCCAUAUUCUUUCUUUUCCCCCCUCCCUUCCUCUGUGUUGUAACUCUCAGCAGGUGAGAUGGCAUUAGAUGCUUUGUGUCCUCCAGGCUUGAUUGAUCCUCCACUGAAAGGGAAAUGCAGUAUGUUAAAACAAAAAGAAUACUCAUUUAAGGCUCUGGAGCUUUCAGGAGCCUUUUGCAUCAGACCUGUAAGCCUGCUGAGAAAGGAGCACAAGGAACCAUUCCAGGCAACCCUCCCUGUAUUAUUUCAUGAGCCUCUUAGAGAUUGUGGCUCACACUUUGACAAAUGCUGUUAUAUAGGAACGUCUCAGGUUAGGGAAGGCGUCUAUUAGUGGCUAUGUCCAUUCUGGGACAGAAUUUUGGACGAUUUGCAUUGAUAGAAGAAGAGAGCAGGUACUUUCCCUGAUUACAACAGCUUUUAAUGGCUAGGGAACAAUUGCGAAUUCCCUAGUCCACUUGGGAUGCGUCAGUCACUAUGAGAGAAAAAAAUGGAUAGCCACAGUCUAAAUUGUUGGGUUCUAUCUGCUGUUGCAAGGAAUGUUAUACUUUUGGAGGUGUGCUCAAUUUUGGAAUAGAAAACAGGAACUAGCUUUUAAUACAGGUGAGAAAGUGUUGCAGAGGCUUUGUGGAUGAGGCCCGUGGACCUUUGUCCAAGGGAUACACUGCAGUAAGGGUAGAACUGGAGCUACAGAAUCCCUGAAAGUACAAAGAAAGAUAUCUAUCUCCUGCAAUUAUACCAGGGGGCAGCCUAUCAAAUGAUAUUUCCUCACUGCUGAGUUGACGUUCUACCCAUCCAUCCUCAAGUCAGUAGAAGAUUCUUAGUAUGUUCUCUAUCCUGUCUCUGUUACUUUUGUUUCAAGUCACUACCAGUCAUCUGACUUUACUCCAGGCUGACAAAGCUUAACAGAUUGAGACUGCACUUGGCUGUGUCAAAGUAAGGGAGAAGAUGCUACUUUCACACUGAUAUAUCUAAGGAUGCCUUAGGCCUGUUUCGCUUACGGACUGUGGUUGAGAUGAAGGUCAUAUCAUGGGAUACAGCAGAAAAAAGAUGCCAUCAGGGCAUAUUAGCUGCAAUUAGAUCUAAGUUAAGAAAAGCCAGAAGUCUUGGGAAUUGAGUAAAAGGCAAGAUGGGAAUGGGAGGCUUCCUUAGUACAAAUAAAGUCUUUAAGAUUAGUAUGAACGUGAAUCAGGUUAUCCUCUUUGGCCUGUUAAUGGCUGAAUAGUUUCAGGCAGGGAAGGGGAACAGGACUGCGACUGGGACUGGGAACAAUGCAUAAUUGCUUACGGUCCCUGUGGGACUGAGAUGGCAAGGAUCCUGAACUGUUCUCCCAGUCCUGGAGUGGAAGCAGUCCAGUUAGAUCCUCUCCCCACCCUAAGAACCAUCCCAUCUGAGACUUCUGAAUGUGUGUCAAUUGCCCAGUUGGUGAUGAUGGGAACUGCGGUUGUUAUGGCCAGAAGAAAACUUUACCCUAGCACCUGAUAAUCGGGCCCUGGACCACAAUUAUAAGUACCAGUGGUGUAGACACUCACACUGAGACUACUAAGCCAAUAAGUACCAAGCAUGCUCAGUGAAGCUGGAGUAGUGGAGGUGUUCUCUCUCCUGUCUAAGUGCAAGAGGACCAAGUCCACUGCACCUAUUUCAUAUACUUUAACCAAGUGGGCAAUUCUCAACAAAGUGAAUGUUUCCAACACACGUAAGAGAGAAUGGCCAUCACUUGGUAGCAGCCAAACGAGCAGAAUGGUUUGCAAGUAGCCAUAUGCUCCAGGCCAGAUACGGAAGAUGUGUUUAGACUGCUAAUUCUGGCCUUUCAUCUCUUAAUAAUAUUCAUCUGUUAAGAGUGAUAAUAUUUUUGACAGAUGAGAAAGCUGUCCAAAAAUCCUCAGCAAUGCACAAAGGUUGCAGUGAAAAAUCUGUACAUGCUGCUGCUGUGAAGGUGAAUGGAAAUCUAGGGAGAAGUGUGAACUACUCUCAGGCGCCUGUGAACUGAGUGGGAUGAUUCCUGCCCAAAUAUCUACCUCAGCUUUAGGUGGUUCCAAAGUGGGUCUCCAUAUAGAUGCAAAACUAUGCCUGAUUGACAGACACUAUGUAGAAGUACCAGUUGUAAUUUGUCUGUUCUACCAACUAAGUUCAGCAAUCAAUAUGAAAUGUUUUAUGAAGAUGCCUCUCCAAAUGCCAGUGUUUGCUCUACCAUCAUCUGUUUUUCCGUGGUGCCCUAAUCUUGAUACGUAAAAUCACAUUGCCAAAAUUGAUGUUUAGUGUUGUGAAAUUCAUUAGGCUCUUUAUGAUUACAUCUUUUGCUUCCUGACUGUCUUCCUCAUGGGAGGUAUUGCUUUAACCAUUGUUCCUUCCAUACCAAUUGGUUGGCUUAAGCAAUUGCAGCAUAAGCUUCCAGCUAGCUGACUUUCCUAGUAAAAAAAUGGGCUGAGAUGUCCAGAUAUUUUUAUUCACUAAUCAUUAAGUUAUUACAGUCCUGCAGGAAGAUCAGGAUGCAUCUAAAAUUAUUCAGGCUUGAGAUAGGUCAGCUGUGACCAUUAUAUAACAUUCUGUGAAUGGAAAAGUUUCCUUUAUAGAAGGCAUUAAGAUCUAGUGAGGCUCCCUGAAGGAGGAAAGGGAUGGAAGAGAGCUUGUAAUCCUUGCAUUGCCUCUCAUACCGUACCAACAUUUCUUAAUAUUGUUCAAAAGGCACAGGGAAAACGAGACCUCACUUUUCUGUAGUAAAUUUGGAAAUCCAGAAAGUAUUAUUUUGAUUCUAACUUUAUGGCUAUUUUUAGUGAGCUGGGAUGUACCCAGGGCAGACCAGAACUGUUUUCCUUCCUUUCAGCAUUUCAUAAACCAACUGUUUAAAUCAGCAUUUCUACGCUUGCCAACUUCAAGCUGUGUGGACUUCAACCCAGAGUUCCCCAGCCAGCCAACUUCAGCUAAACUCUGAUUUAAAUGGUGGUUUCAUCUGAGUGAAACACUGGCUUGCAGAACUGCAUGCAUCUCUGAUUUGCAUGUGAGAAGGUUUGAACUAAUAGAGUUAGAACUCCUGUACAAGCUCCCAUUAAAUUUUCAAAGCUUUAUUACGGGCACUUUAAUGCAGACUAAGAAAUACAGAUUUAUCGAUCAGUUAGAGAAACCUCAUAGAUCAGUAGAAACACAGCCAGGCUACUGCUGAAUUCUAUUGGCUUACGAGGAAAAAAAAUCAAGCAGUUUAUUCUCCAGAAGGGCUGUGUUAGAACUGAGUACUGCUAGACUUGGUUAGAAUUUUGCUGUUUCUUUAGGACAGAUUAUACAACACAUGGGGCUUACAACAGUUGAAAUGUAUUUUCUUGUCUUUUUAAAACAGAUACAUCCAGCACGGACCUAGAUAAGUAGGGCCCUUCCAAUAUAUGUAGUUCCAAUAUAUUGGGCAAUCAGUAUAUGCAAUCUCAAUAACAACUGAGUGGAAAAAUCAAGCUUCCCUAUUCAUUAGAUAUUGACAAGUGUUAUGAUGAGGCAAAAAAGGCAAAAGCAAGUAUACUUCCUACAAAAAAGGAACUGUCCAACAAUAUUAACUCCAGACAGCUUUUGGACCAUUCAUUAAAUCUUCAAUCUUUCAACUCCACUGCCAAAAUAUAGUAACACAUUUUGGUACUAUUACACUGCAGAAUCACUACAAUAAAGCACACUUAAUUCCAUUUCUGUACACAUUUAGUCAAGAGCCAGUUUGGUGUAGUGGUUAAGGCAUCAGGCUAGAAACUGGGAGACUGUGAAUGCUAGUCCUGGCUUAGGCAUGAAGCCAGCUGGGUGAUCUUGGGCCAGUCAGUCUUUCUCACCCUAGAAAGCAGGCAAUGGCAAACCACCUUGAAAUCUUGCCAAGAAAAUUGCAGGGAGUUGUCCAGGCAGUCGCCAGAAGUCAACACUGACUUGAAGGUACCCCCCCCCCAAAAGUGGUACUUUCAGAAAGACAUGUAUGAUUUCUGCAUUGGAACUCAACAGCCAACUAGUAAGCUACAUUCACAUUCAGGGGUGUUCUGAAAAACCUCUGCAUAUCCUCCUGCAAGGAUCCUACUACUUUUCCUGUCAGGUAGGCAAGUCAUUCUGCAGUUCCUUUAGACCUUUUUAGAUAAUGAUCAGCAAAUUAUCCAGUAGAAUGAUUUAAGCACUGAAAGAAGCAAAAAAUGUACUUAAAUUUGGAAGUUGUCUUAUUCAAAGACAACAUUAAAAUGGUUAACAGUUAUCUUCAACUUUGGUAAAAUUCAGAAUAGAAUUAGAAGACUUUAUUUUUAUAUGGCCCAACCUUCUGUUCAGUGCAGGGAUAAUAAUUAAAGUAUUGCCAAGAUUCAACUGACUUACUAGUUUCUACUUGGAUACAUGCAGUGAGGAGAAAUACUUCUAUGGGUAAAUGUCAAAGGUUCUCUUAAUGUUAAGGAAAAAAGUCUUACAUGUUCAAUUAUAAUCUGCCUUCCUAUAAUUUAAAAUUAUUAUAGAGCAUCUUGCACUCUGGAAUGAUGGGGAACUGGUCUUGAUCUUUUCCUGUAGGACAGACUUUCAGGUACAAUAUUCAAAGAAUAUUGUCAAUUCCCUCUGAUCCCAGCUUUUAUUUUUCAAAGCUAAGCAUUCCUAAUUUCUAAAUCUUCUUUGUAAUAAGACUUAGUUUCUAAUCCCCUGAUCAUCCUCAUUUCCCUUUUCUGAAUCUGUUUAUCUAAAACUUUUUUUAAACUCUGGUACCUAGAACUGGAUGCAAUAGUCAAUAUGGGGUCUGACCAGUGCAAAAUAAAAAUGGACAUAUUGACUCCA